GCCGGGACGGUAUAACAGUAGCCUACAGAGCGGGGACCGGUCGUUGAUGGGGAAGGGCAGUAGCCGCAGCAGCAGUCGGGCGCACCGACCGAAGCAUGCUCCAGCGCAACCAUGACUUGCUCGGCCUCAGAUAGCGAGAAGAUCGUGAUCAACUGCGGCGGGAUCCGACACGAGACCUACCGGAGCACCCUCAAGACUUUGCCGGGGACGCGCUUGUCUUGGCUGACCGAACCCGACGCCUACAGCAACUUCGACUACGACCCAAAGUCCGACGAGUUCUUCUUCGACCGCCACCCGGCCACCUUCGCCUUCAUCCUUAACUAUUACCGCACCGGCAAGCUCCACUGCCCCAAUGAUGUAUGUGGGCCGCUCUUUGAGGAGGAGCUCGCCUUCUGGGGCAUCGAUGAGACGGACGUGGAGGCGUGCUGCUGGAUGAACUACCGACAGCACCGUGACGCUGAGGAAGCCCUGGACAGCUUCGAAACCCCCGAGCCGGACGCACCCGAGGAUGACCCGGCGCUCACCGGCGGGGCGGACGGCGACCUGAAGCGGCUGUGCAUGCAGGAGGAUGGCCGCAAGGCGACGUGGUGGGAGGUGUGGCAGCCCAACAUGUGGGCGCUGUUCGAGGACCCCUACUCCUCCAAAUACGCCCGGUACGUGGCAUUUGCCUCGCUCUUCUUCAUCCUUCUCUCCAUCUCCACCUUCUGCCUGGAGACCCACGAAGCCUUCAACACCAUCUACAAUAAAACAGAAAAUGUCACUGUUGGCAAUGUGACACAUGAGGAGAUAGUGUAUGAGGUAGUCACGGAUGGCUGGCUGACAUACGUGGAGGGUGUCUGCGUCAUUUGGUUCACCAUUGAGGUGAUGGCGCGUGUUGUCUUCUGCCCUGACAAGGCAGAGUUCUUUCGCAGCGCCCUUAACAUCAUUGACUUUGUGGCCAUCGUGCCCUUUUACUUGGAGGUGGCGCUGAGUGGCCUCUCCUCCAAAACAGCCAAAGACGUGCUAAGCUUCCUGCGUGUGGUGCGCUUUGUCCGUAUCCUGCGUAUAUUCAAGCUGACCCGCCACUUUGUCGGUUUACGGGUCCUGGGCCACACUCUGCGGGCGAGCACCAAUGAAUUCCUGCUGCUCAUCAUCUUCCUGGCGCUGGGCGUCCUCAUCUUUGCUACCAUGAUCUACUAUGCGGAACGCAUCGGUGCCGACCCUGACGAUCCAACAGCUGCAGCUCACACCAACUUCAAGAACAUCCCCAUCGGGUUCUGGUGGGCUGUGGUAACCAUGACCACACUGGGUUAUGGGGAUAUGUAUCCUGAGACAUGGUCAGGAAUGCUGGUGGGUGCCCUCUGCGCCUUGGCUGGUGUGCUGACCAUCGCUAUGCCUGUACCUGUUAUUGUCAACAACUUUGGCAUGUACUACUCCCUGGCUAUGGCCAAGCAGAAGCUCCCCAAGAAGAGGAACAAGCACAUCCCCCGAGCGCCACAGCCUGGCAGCCCCAACUAUUGCAAGCCAGAUGCCCUGGCCAUGGCAACCGCCUCGCCACACAGGCUGAUGGGCAAUGUACUUGGGCCAGGAAUGGUGGGAUCCGGCAGCAUGAUGGGUACUGGAGACUGCCCAUUGGCACAGGAGGAGAUUAUCGAGAUCAACAGGGCAGAUUCCAAGCAGAAUGGCGAUGCGGCAGCUAAUGCGGCCGCCCUUGCCAACGAGGACUGCCCCACCAUCGACCAGGUCCUUGGGGAUGAGCGCAGCCCAGCCACCGGGGGCCUGGGCUCCACCACCAGCCGCGAGCGCUACCCUCAUGACAGGGCCUGCUUCCUGCUGAGUGCCGGGGAGUUUCAGCGCACGACAGAUGGGAACGUUCGGAAAGUAGGAGGCACCGUGAACGGCUACUGGAGCGACAGCCCGUGGUAGAGGAAGAAGAGCGAACAACAAACACUGCAAGAGAAGAAGAGAGAGAACAUGACAGCAGAGACAAACAUAGAAAUAUGCAAUGUAGAUAGAUAAGAGACAGCGGUGGUUAGAUCUGUGUUUCUGUUCAGUUCUGUUGUAUUUGCAGCACGCGAGUGUGCACCUUGAUGUUUGUGUGUGUGUGUGUGUGUGUGUGUGUGUGUGCGCGUGCGUGUGUCCGGACCUGCAUCUACCUCUGUACUAAGAUGCACAAAUGUGAACUCGUAAGAAUACAUUUUCUUUCAGAUUAAUUUUGAUAUUAACAAUAUGUGUGAUCACAUGAUAAUGUCAUCUUUCUGUCAGUUCAGUUUCCUUUUAUUGUUUUAUUAAUCUAAGUUCAAGGGUUUUUUUUUCCCCCCUUAAUAUAAAUGUCCUUAUUGUUUUAAACCGGGAUUGUUUGAUGUUUCAGAAAUGUAAUUGAUUUCAGAACUAUGUCUUUGACUUAUCCAUUGUUUUCGACAGUAAUUAUGUGUCUGUUGGUUAAGUUUUAAAUCCCUUGUCCUCAUCUCUCGCUCUCUCCUUAAUUCUCUCCCACCAGAAAGUAACAGAGAGCUUUAAGCCAGCAGGAAAUCAUUCCCUUCGAUUUGCAUUAGAUUCUCAGAUGAGAAGUAUCACUAACUACCCAGUGAACUGUUCAGGCAAUAAUAUGCCUAAACAAGAACCAAUUAAAUGUGCUGAGGAAGUUUCUAAAGUGCUGUUCAUCUUGUAAGGAUUCAGAGGAAUGUUUCUGUGCUUCGAGGUAUCUCCAACUGUUACUUUUUACGUUGAAGCUGGGGGUGUUGGGAGAUGAGAGCACCAAAUGAGGAGACUUUGCCUGAGGAGCAUAUAAUUGUUUUUUUUUUAAGAAUUGGUUUAAAAUUUUGGGGGAAAAACACUUUCUGUUAACUACUGUGGAGCUAUAGCCAGAAAGGGAUUAGUCUAAUUUAGAUUUAAGACUGGAAGCAGGGAGAAGUUGCUAGCUAGCCUGGAUCUGACCAAAUACAAAAAAAUACACUUUAGGCUGUAUCUAAUUUGAUUAGCAUGUGCAGAAUAAACAUGUAAAAAUGAGCAAACUCAUAGUGAUGACAAGACUUCAAGAAGUCAUCGCAUCCUGGCCGCUAUUCACUUUGGAGCUAUAGCCAGAAAGUGAUUGGCCUAGCUUAGACUUAAGACUGGAAGCAAGGGGCUAUAGCUAGUCUGGCUCCGCCCAAAUGCAAAAAAUCAGGCUGUUCUCAUAAACUGUUUGUACGUUUUCCUACAAAAAUUUGUACAUAUCGCAUGUGAUCAUGAGCCAGUAAUUGGUGCAUAACCCAUGUAUUUUGGAAGCCUGCAAUCACCUUACCAAUGCGCUGACGGGAGUAAACAAGGAAGUGGUCCCAAGUGGUCUUGUGAGGGCGUAGGUUGGAAUGGUGGAUGGGUCACAAAACCACAGAGUUUUCCCUGGGACUUUCCCCAGGAGACGCUUGUUCAGAACUGUGUCAGCUUUGAGUCAUUACAAGAUACAUCCUCACUGUGUUUCUUUUCCUAAACCUAACCACAGCAAUUUUUUUUGCGCAAACCUAACAGCUGUAACGUUAUGUUAAUAAUGUACGUCACGUCAUUCGUGGGGUACUGAUUCAUAGGAUAUUGUAUUAACCGUUCUAUGAGGAUAUGUUAAAAAUAUAUAUGCAUUAGGCUAUAUCUAAUUUGUUUGGCAUGUACAGAGCAGAAAUGUAAAAACGAGCUACCUCACAGUGACAACAAGACUUCAGGAAGUCACCACAUCCCGGCUGCUAUGCACGAACAAAUGGUAUCUCCCCGUAAAACCACAAUGUCAUUUUGACAAUGUACAACUGUUUAUGUACGCAACAGGAGAGAUACAGCAUGUUAAUUAGUAAUGUUAAAAGUCACUGGUAUGCAUGACUAUAGACAUUUUAGGCCCAGGCUAGCUGAUUCCCUUCUGCCUUCAGUCUUUACGCUAAUGUAAUUGCCUCCUGGCGCUACCUCUGUACUGAGAUUUUUAUAGAUUCCUCAUCUCACCUUGCAAGAAAGUGAAUGAGCAUUUUUCCCCCAAAAUCUUGAGCUGUUCCUUUAACCAUGUGACCCUGAUUUUGGGUCAUGCAGGGUUCUGUUUCCUGUUUAGCCUCACGCUCAAGCCAGGCACCAGUUCCCAGUUUUUCUCAGGAGUCUAGCUGAAUCCUGAUUCAUGUAUGAAUGAAUUAUUUAGACAUUUGAAUCCACUGGAAGUUCAGGAUUAAAUUCCCAGUUGGAAAAUCUUUUUACCCCCAGUCCUAUUAGACAUGCACCAUAGGCACACACACACACACACACACACACACACACACACUCUCACACAUACAUACAUAAACACACAUAUUUCAUAUUUCUCUCUACUGGAUCUAUCAUUUCUCAACAUUUCACCCUCUCCUCAUCCUCUUCUCCCUUUCCAAUGUCCACUUGUUGUGAGUGCAUCUGUCACUUUCCCUGAGGCCACUGCUGAUUGGUCGCUUUUGUCAUGAUGAUGUACAUAUGUAAAUUUUGCGUUGUAUAUGAAUCUGCAUGGGGUUCCAUUGCAAGCAAUAAGGAUACUGAUAUGACAAAUAAUUUGAGGAGGUUUAAUAAGAUUUUAGUCUCAAGCUUAAUGAAUGUGUAUAUAACAUUUAGACUACUAAGAGUGUGUGUGUGUAUGGAUGUGUGUGUUAAGAUGCGUACAUAUGCACUAACAAAGCAUGCAGGACAAAAAAUGUUCACCUCUUUGAAUGCAAGAAGCGGUGGGACGUGCUGACAUUAUGCAUGCCAAAAUGCUAUGAUGCUAUUGGUCCGAAGAGACCAAGUUAGGUACUGUAACAGGGCUGGGUGGGGGUGGGAAAGUUUAUUUUUGCAGGACAGGGAGGGGUUAUGUUUUUAGUAGGUCUUGUAUAGCUGCUUUAUUAUCGAAUUUGAGAGACUUAUUAGAGAAACAUAUUAACAAUCGUAGCUUAUGAUUUUUUUCUUCUUUUUUUUUGCCUCUCUUUUCACAGAGAACUGUUCUGAAAGCCCUGUGCUUAUCAGAUAUAUGCAAAAAGAAGCAGUAACUGUGAACUAAUGCUAAAACAUGAAAAAAACAAAUCCAGCUUCUUCCAUCAUUGUCUCAACUCCUCUUCUGCAAGAGAGAGGACAGACCAUCCUCUUCCCAAGAUACCUCCUCACCAAAAUGCCCCUGUCCAUCGUCUCAUUUGUCUGCUUCUUCAUUAUGUCUGUAACUUCAUGCUGCCCAUGUCAUGUUUAUGUCCCUCUGUCCUGUUCUAUUGUCUACACUUGCAGUGAGUUCAGGAGGAUGCCUCUGCAAUGUGAGAAUGCAAUGAUUCAUUACAAGCUCCCACAAAAGAUGAGGAUCAGGGCCAGAUAAACCUACUAGGGGGCCCUGGGCAAACUGAGCUGUGGCACCUUUUGAACAAACCCACUCUAACCCAGCUCUUUUUGUUUGUUUCAUUUACACUUGACUAAAUGUAAACGUAUGUAAGAAUACUCACCAUGUAAGCAUAAGUGUGUUUUUAUGUCCAAAACACUGUGCUCAGGUUAGCUCUGCUGGCCUGACUUCAGUGCUUGGACUCAAAGAACCUUGCUAGUCUAGCAACAUCAGGGCUACAAACAAUCCAUAAUACAACACUCUCUGUAGGAACCUACAAUACUCUCACCAUUUAAAAAAUUACCCGAUGUUUUGAAAAUGUGUAUGUCCAGUCCUUGGAUAUAACAUGACCCCCACUUUUUCAGUAGUAAUGUCUUGCCUCAUAUUCUGGCUAUUCCAUUAUGAAGUGCAAGAUCAGAUAAAAAGUCAGAAAAACUAAAAGGCUAAUGGAAUGCUAUCAUCACUUUGUUGGAUAUAAUAAUACAAGUUAGCUGGUGUAAACCAGUGGGCUGUUAGUUAUACAGUCAAAGAUUCAUUUGACAAGAGGGUCAAAAUGGUGAGAUCAUUGAAAACUUGUGAAUUACUUUAUUGUUGCGGACAUUGCCACUGGUGAAAAGUAUGGGUGUAAGUGUGGUGGAUGGGCAGGUACCGCAUCAAAUCUCCAGGCAGGAGACCAGAAUCCAAUAUGGACAUGCAAUUCAUUUUCAAGUUUUUAUUUUUAUCCACGAUCUUUAUCUAACCUUAACAAAGUGUUGUAGUUGCCUAUGAGUCUGAUAUCAGCCAUUAUUUGCCAUAACAAAAAUAUUUUCUUAACCUUAACCAUAGCAGUUGCUAUGUGUAGGUAUUACAAAUAGCAUGAAAAAAAUACGUGAGAGGCUUAGUGGCAGAGCAGGCGCCCCAUGUACAAGGCUGUUGCCGCAGUGGCCCGGGUUCGACUCCAGCCUGUGGCCCUUUG